CAGCAGCGCUGCACUCCAAGGGUUAAAUGGUGCAAUGCAUUGAUUGGCUGGAAGCGGACAGCUCGGGGGUUCCGUGGCUUUGAAGGAGUCAUCGGUUUCCAGGGAACGGAGAGUCCUGCAAGAUUUCCGCCCGGGAGACGGUGCAGUAACCCGCAAGGAGAUCCGCACCGCGUCUCGGCACACACCGGCAGGCACCUGCCGCGCAACGAUCCCCGCGGCCAGACACACACACACUGGGGCCGGACUGUACAGUCCUGGAGGUUGUGAGACCACCGUGUCCCGUCUCGGAUAGUCUCGCAGCAUGAAGAAGGAUCUUCUGAAGCAGUGAAGUUCCGAGGACAGUACAGAGAAAUAGGCUCUCUCAUCAUGGCUUCCAUUUACAAUGACGGUAUUAGUAAUGCUGCCUACCAUGACUCUGAGACGCUGGAACUGGACAGAGGCAGACCAUCUUUCAGAAAACACUCAUCAUUCCAUCAUAACCCAUAUGGUGAUCAUGAAGAUGAUGAAGAUGAAGAUCAUGUUGGUUAUCCAGGCAGAGCACAGGAAAGGCCACGGGCUCAACGAUUCCUGCCAAUGAACUCGGUGCAGCCAGAGUUUGAUUAUAACCAACAAUUACCGAGAUACUCCAAUCCAAUAAGUGAUGACUACGGUGGACAUAUUAAUCCUGCCUUUCAACAUGAAUCAGAACCAUAUUACCCGGACCAAACCUUCCAGGGAAGGUUCCCGUACAUGGACACAGCAAGUGAUAUAUCAGAAGCAGACACUAAUGUACGAAGACGAUCCAAGAGGCAAUCAUCCGUUCCAAUGCAAAUACUGACACCGUCUCUUAUUGCCAGGCCUGAAACUUCCCUUGGAAACCAAACAGCGUCUAACUACAUGCAAGAGAAUGAAAAGCUAGUUGGAAAACUUUCAGAAAUGUCUGAGGCUGAUAUUUCCAAAGAAAUUCAGAAGCUUCCGAAGUCUCUAAAUGAAAAAAGAGGCCUCAGGAAUAAUGUAAUCAAGAUGAAACAGAAAUCUUUUAAAUCAUCCCAAAACUGCUGUGCUGGAUGUACUUAUAGUAUUAAGAAGUCCUUCCGAAGACUGAAGCAGUUUGUGUCAGAUGUUAGCACUGCAUUCAAACUUUGGCACAGCACCCUUAAAGUCAUAGAGGGGAAGUUUGGAACAAGUAUCCUCUCCUAUUUCAUCUUCCUCAGGUGGCUGUUGGCUUUUAACAUCUUCUCAUUUGUAGUCAACUUCAGUUUCAUAACAAUUCCUCAAUUCUUUGAUAUGAGUCCGAACAACUUAACCUUUUCCGGGCUGGAGCUGCUUACAGGAGCUGGCUAUUUUGAAGAUACAGUUUUGUACUAUGGAUAUUAUACAAACCAGACCAUCAGAAAACAUGAAAACCUUGCUCCAUAUAAUAUGCAACUGGCAUAUAUAUUUACCAUUGGAUUAUAUCUGGCAACCUGCUUUUUUAUCUUGCUUUACAGUAUGGCAAAGUCGUUUCGAGAUAACUUUAUUAAUCCCGCUUCCUUCUCUGGAAACGCAGCCAAACUUCUUUGUAGUUGGGAUUUCAGCAUUACAAAUGAAAAGGCAGUGAAGCUUAAGAGAAGGCACCUUAGCACACAAAUAAAGGAAACAGUAUCAGAAAAAUUAAUGGGUAAACUUGAGCUUACUCUGAAAGAGAAGAUGCGUCGCAUUGGUAUCCACGUGGCGGCUUGGUUCCUGUCCACCGGAAUUACGGCUGGCUGCUGCGCAGGUGUAUAUUACCUCUGCAUCAAACUGGAUUCCUUGCAGUCUAAGAAUGUGGGGGAUUUGACGAAGCAAGCAGCAACGUUACUGGUUCCGGUGAUAGUGGCCCUUAUCAACGUCGUAGUGCCUCUCAUAUAUGCAGUGUUUGACCUGGUAGAAAAAUUUAAAUACCCCCGGCAUCACAUCUACACGGUGAUCAUAAGGAAUGUAUUCCUCAAAAUUUCAAUUAUUGGGAUUCUGUGCUAUUACUGGCUCGAGUCUGUUGCAAUGUCAAAUAGAAAGUGCUGGGAAUCAUACGUGGGACAAGAUAUUUAUCGUCUGGUGGUGAUCGAUUUCAUAUUUGCUUUGAUAGGCUCAUUCUUUGGAGAAUUUGUGAGAAGAAUAAUUGGAACUCGGUGUUGCAAAAAACUGGGGACACCAGAAUUUGAUAUAGCGAGGAAUGUCUUGGAUUUGAUAUACGCUCAGACACUUGCAUGGAUUGGAAUUUUCUUCUCUCCGUUACUUCCGAUAAUCCAGAUUUUAAAGCUAUUCAUAAUAUUUUACGUGAAAAGGGUGAGCUUAAUGAUGAACUGCAUCCCACCUCGCAGAGCCUGGAGAGCUUCUCAGAUGACCACCGUGUUUAUUUUUCUCCUUUUCUUCCCGUCUUUUGCCGGAGCUCUGUGUGUUAUUGGCGUCACUGUCUGGAGACGCCAGCCUUCAAAAACCUGUGGACCUUUCCAAACAUUGGACGAGCCUUAUAACGCUAUCUCUAAUUGGGUGGCUGACAUAACAGUCUUUGAAAAUUCAAAAUGGGUGGUGUGGAUUUAUCACAACCUAGUUGAAAGUGUUCUGUUUUUCUACAUUCUUACUCUAAUUGUUUUGAUUAUCUCCUAUCUCUACUGGCAGAUCGUUCGAGGUCGGAAGACAAUGGUGAAACUCUUGCUAGAACAGAUUGGUAAUGAAGGGAAAGAUAAAACAUUUUUACUGCAAGAGCUACGUAGAACACAUAAUUCUUAUGAAGCACCUGUCAUUGUUCCAUACCAGAGAUCUCCAAAACAGCUCUCACCUUCUCUAGUAAAUCAGGAGAGUCACAGUGUCCAUGGAUCCAAAGCACCAUUUUCCAGAAGUGAAAGCAUUGGUGGGACAAAUGCACUGGAACUUACUAUGAUGGCAAAACAUCAGGCCGAUCUGGAAGAAACCUCUUUAGAAAAUAGGACAGCUGGGGAGGGCUAUCAUCAGGGUUCAGAUGCAAUAGCCUUGAUUAUGAGGGCAAGACAACAAGCUGAACUGUUGAGAGAUCAGUCGAUGGACCGUACACCUCCCUCAGAUGCAAUGGCUAUGAUUAUGAGGGCAAGACAACAAGCUGAAUUAGAGAGAGAACAAUCCAGAAGUCAAAUUGACACUUCAGAAGCUUUGGCAAUGGCUAUGAGAGCAAGACAACAAGCUGAAAUGGACAGGUAGCCACAUGGCUUAUGUACUACUGACAGCCUCAAUGAGUUAAACUUCCAAUCAGAGAUAUGAACUCAAAAACAUGAUGUCCAUAAUAUGUCAAAAGCCAACGUACUCCAGUAGCAAAGUAAUUGUUUUAAGUUCCGUAAAAGGGAAUAAAAAAAAAACCCAGUUUUGAUCCA